AAUUUAUAUUAAUUGUGAAAUGAUUUGAAUGUUAUUAUUCUAUUCAAACUACAUUAACCUCUGUUGGCAGUACAGAGGUUGCAAUGGGUUUUUCAAAGGGCUUACUCGCAAGAAAAGUUUCCAAAAAUCACGACGCAUUAUACAGUUGUAAGCAGAGAAACCGAUCCGAGAUGGAAAGAUGUAAAUAUGGAAAGAUACGUAGAUGAAACAGACAUCUUAAUUGUUGGUGGUGGACCUGCUGGUUUAUCAGCUGCCAUUCAAGCUCGUAAACUAGCUGAAAAACAUGGGAAAGAACUCAGAGUUACUGUUGUUGAAAAAGCUGCUACUAUUGGAGGUCAUAUUCUUAGUGGAGCUUGUUUGGAUCCAAUUGCUUUAAAUGAACUCUUUCCAAAUUGGAAAGAAUUGGGUGCACCAUUAAAUACUCCUAUUACACAUGAUAAAUUUGCGAUACUUACUGAGAAAGGUAGAAUACCAGUACCAAUAUUAAAAGGAAUGCCAAUGUAUAAUCAUGGCAACUACAUCGUUAGAUUAGGCCAUGUUGUAGCUUGGCUUGGACAACAAGCUGAAGCUGUGGGAGUAGAAUUAUAUCCUGGCUAUGCUGCGUCAGAAGUGCUUUAUCAUGAAGAUGGGUCUGUGAAAGGAAUUGCUACAAAUGAUGUUGGUAUUGCCAAAGAUGGUUCUCCCAAGGAUAACUUUGAACGGGGAAUGGAAUUGCAUGCAAAGUGUACGAUUUUUGCAGAGGGUUGUCAUGGGCAUCUUACAAAACAAGUUUCAAAGAAACUAGAUCUUAGAAAAGAUUGCGGGCCUCAAACCUAUGGUAUAGGAUUAAAAGAGAUAUGGGAAAUUGAUCCAAAAAAUCAUAAAUCUGGUACCGCUGAACACACAGUUGGUUGGCCACUAAAAAGGGAUACUUAUGGUGGUUCUUUCUUAUACCACCUCAAUGAAGAUGCACCUCUUAUCGCGAUAGGUUUCGUCGUAGGAUUAGAUUACUCAAACCCUUAUUUGCAUCCAUUCAAAGAAUUUCAAAGGUUUAAGCAUCAUCCGAGCAUUAAACCUAUACUCGAAGGAGGAAAAAGAAUAGCGUAUGGCGCAAGAGCUUUAGUCGAAGGAGGUUUACAAGCUAUUCCUAAACUUCAAUUCCCUGGUGGUUGUCUAGUUGGCUGCACAGCAGGAUUCCUCAACGUUCCGAAAGUUAAGGGAACACAUAAUGCAAUGAAAAGUGGAAUGCUUGCAGCAGAGAGUGUCGUGGAAGCUAUUAUCGAUGGUGAAAUAAAUCCUUCACCUACCAAAGGCUUAGAACCAAAAUCUUAUACUAACAAAAUAAAAAGUAGUUGGAUUUAUAAGGAGUUGAAAGCUGUAAGGAAUGUAAGGCCAAGUUUCCAUACAAGUCUUGGACUCUAUGGAGGCAUGAUGUACUCUGGAUUUUCUAUGCUAAUUGGUGGAAGGGAACCAUGGACUCUGUCUCAUGGGGAUCCAGACUACAAAAGGUUGAAACCGGCAUCUGAAUGUACAUCAAUCGAUUAUCCAAAACCUGAUAAUCAAAUAUCAUUCGAUUUAUUGUCGUCAGUAGCACUUACUGGCACAAAUCAUGAAGCUGAUCAACCUCCUCAUCUAACUUUAGCCGAUGAUGCUGUACCUGUAAAAAGAAAUUUAGGCGUUUUCGCUGGACCAGAAGGUCGAUUCUGUCCUGCUGGCGUUUAUGAGUUUGUGCCACUAGAAUCCGGAGAGGGGGAAAGACUGCAAAUAAAUGCACAGAAUUGCAUUCACUGUAAAACAUGCGAUAUCAAAGAUCCUAGUCAAAAUAUCAACUGGGUCGUGCCAGAAGGAGGUGGUGGUCCAGCUUACAAUGGGAUGUAAAUUGCAAUUGGAAAUUACUUGAAUAUUCGCAAUGCAUUCAAAUUAUAUUUUUUUACGUGUGCUCAAUGUUCGUGCACACAAACGACUAGAGAUCCAAUAAUGAAAAAUAUGCAAUCUUUAAUACUGUACAUAAUUCUGUAAACUAUAAACGAAUCGACACAACAGGAUAUUUUUUAUAUUAUAAUGUACAGUAAAAUUAUCGAAUUUAUACAAAGUUUUUACUUAUAAAUUUUUAAGCAAUGUUAUACUUUUUAAAUACUAUUUAAGAGAAUAGUUGUAAUGGGAAGUUUUUAUAUGAGGUGGAUAAUAUACACAUAUGUAGAAUCAAUUUUGGAUGAUUGUACAAUAAACACAAUACAAUUCAUAUAAUUCUACGUUCAACGUUCAACGAAAAAGUAAACGUUAAUGCAGAAAGUAAAUAAUGAUUUUUAUAAUUCUUAAAAUACAUUGUGUUAAAAGCUUCA